CUCCGGGCCAUGGGGAGGGGCAGGGUGGCUCCUCACAACAAGGGUGGUAUCGCUGGCUCUGCCCACCUGCUGCCAACCAGACCCCUUCCCAUGGCAGAAGAGACCCUCCCCUCCCCCUCCGCCAGGCUGCGCGCUCUCCGCCUGCAGCGGGAGUGGCUGGAGUGGGAGGACAGGCGCCGGGCAGCAGCCCAGCUCUGCCGGAGCCAGAGGUGCCCCCCAGGUUCUCCGGCGCGCCUGGCGAGGCCCCGCCGCUCCUGCCGAGACCCAGCGGUCCACAGCGCCCUGUUCUCCGGCGACCUGCAGCAGGUCCAAGCCCUGUUCCAAGACGAGGAUGCCGCCAACAUGAUCGUGGAGACAGUGAGCAACCAGCUGGCCUGGUCGCCGGAACAGGGGCUCUGGAUACUCACCCCCAAGACCAAGCAGACCCUGCCCCUCACCAUUGCUGCGGCCCGAGGCUACACCGACUGUGCCCGCCACCUCAUCCGCCAGGGAGCCGAGCUGGAUGCCCGGGUUGGGGGCCGGGCUGCCCUGCACGAGGCAUGUGCCCAGGCCCACUCCGACUGCGUGCGGCUGCUGCUGGCCUUCGGCGCCAAAGCCAACGUGCUGUCUGGGGAAGGCACAGCCCCCCUGCACCUCUGCACAGCGCCGGAGUCCUUACAGUGCGCCAAGCUGCUGCUGGAGGCGGGAGCCGCUGUGGACGCGGCGGCGAGGGACAGCGAGGUGACAGCCCUGCACGUGGCGGCGGCGCGCGGCCUGCGGGGCCACGUGGCCCUGUACCUGGCGCACGGGGCCCGCGUGGGGCUGCGCACCAGCCAGGGCGAGACGGCGCUCAACGCGGCCUGCGCCGGCGCCGAGGGCCCCAGCGAGAGCCGGGAGCACCAGGCGGUGGCGCGCCAGCUGCUGGAGGCCGGGGCCGAUGCCCGGGCGGCCGGCCGCAAGCGCCACACGCCCCUGCACAACGCCUGUGCCAACGGCCGCGGCGCCCUGGCCGAGCUGCUGCUGCGCCACGGGGCCUGCGCCGGGGUCUCCAACGCGGCGGGCCGCACGCCCAUGGACUGCGCGCUGCAGGCCGCCCAGGACGCCCCCGGCGGGGAGCCCGAGGUCCUCUUCCGUGCGCUGCUGGACUAUGGGGCCCAGCCAGUGCACCCUGAGAUGCUGAAACUCUGUGCCAAACUACCUCGGGCCCUGGAAGUCCUACUUAAUGCCUACCCCUGUGUUCCAUCCUGCGACACCUGGGUGGAGGCAGUCCCCCCGGAGCUGUGGCAGGAGCAUGAAGCCUUCUACAGCUCGGCCCUGGCGAUGGUGAACCAGCCCCGGCGGCUGCAGCACCUGGCCCGGCUGGCUGUGCGUGUCCAGUUGGGUAACCGCUGCCGCCAGGCUGCCGACCGCCUCCCGCUGCCCCAGCAACUCCGGGACUACCUGCUGCUGCCUGUGGAGGGGCGCAUCCAGUGAGCACCCUGCCGGGCUGCUCCCACAGCGUGUCCUGCUUUCUCCAUCCACCUUACUCCCACUCCACCCUGGACAGCCAGACCCUGGGCCUCAGUUUAUACUCCCUGUCUCCCCACUGACUGCUUGAGACAACUGCUGGCCAGCCUUACCUGAGCUUCAGCUCAUCUCUGAUGGAAAUGUCUGCAGACUCAGACCUCACCCAUCUCACCUUUGCCUAAGUGGAUGAUGCCAGGAGGUGAUUAUCAUUGCUGUAACCCUUCAUCUUCUGCUGCCCAUAUGUCUUAAUUCUGUAAAGAAUGACAGGCUCUGCCUCUAGCUGUACUGCCUCUGCCCAACUUGUCAUUGUCAUUUGAAGGGAAAAUCUCACUGCCUGGUCUUAAAACCCAUGCUCUUGAAACCCUUUGUUCUCAGGUGUUCCCCCUCCUUGACAUACCCUCCCCACGUUUUUUUUUCUUUCCCUGAUUGAAGCUGAUAUCCUCAAGACAGCUCAAUUUGAUCAACCUAGCAGGUAGCCUUCCUUGGUAUGAUAUCUAUUUAAAACAUUUUAUUGAUUUCAGAAAGGAAGAGAGUGAGAGAAACAGCAAUGAUAAGAAUCAUUGAUCGACUGCCUCCUGCACGCCCCACAAUGGGGAUCAAGCCGACCCAGGCAUAUUCCCUGACUGGGAAUCAAACCAUGACCUCCUGGUUCAUAGGUGGAUGCUCAACCACGGAACCACACUGGCUGGUGGUAUCAUACCUAUUUAAGAGCCUGUCUUCUCAACUAGGCUUGAACAGAUAUUUUGGUAAAUGGUUGUUGGAGGAAUAGAUACAUGAUGCCUGGGAACAAUUUAUGGUUGCAUUGUGCUCCCCUGCCACACACCUCAGUGAUGCAUGGUGUCUGAAACAGUGGUCACCACACUUGUGAUCUCCGAGAGUCUGUGACAAGAGGACCAGCCACCAGCUGUCACCUGCCCCCUUCAUUUCCUCUUCUGGUUCCAGAGUCAAAUGCACCACCAUUCAUCUUCUUUUUGUUUG